AGCAGCUGAAGGAUGUUUCUGGACUCUGGAAGAAAAGCUACCGCCAAUAUCAGCUCUUCGCUCAUACAAGAAAAUCAGGGAAAACUCAAAAUUCAGUAAGAAAAUUCCAUUAUCAAAAACCUAAUUGCUUCUUUUUUAUUUAUCGUGGAAAGAAAUGGAUCCUGAUAUGGCCUUAGAGCUUGUUAAGCAUGGAGCUACUCUUCUCCUCCUUGACGUUCCUCAGUACACACUUGUUGGCAUUGAUACUCAGCAAAGUUACUUUGCAGAUGUCCUCUGUGGGCCCUGCUUUUAAGGGGAUUAAGAUGAUUCCACCUGGACCUCAUUUUGUGUUCUAUAGUUCAUCAAGCAGGGAUGGCAAGGAGUACUCACCUGUUAUUGGCUUCUUUAUGGAUGCUGCCCCCCACCUGGUGUAUGUUCGUAAAUGGGAUCAACAAAAUGAACGAUUGGUCAAAAUGCCAGAGGAAGAGGAAGAGAGGUAUAGUCAGGCAGUUAGAAGUUUGGAGUUUGACAAAUAUCUUGGCCCUUAUAAUCUAAGUCAUUAUGGAGAAUGGAAGCGAUUGUCUAAUUUCAUCACAAAGGAUAUCAUUGAGCGGAUAGAACCCAUUGUUGGAGAAAUAACAGUAACAUGUGAAUCUGAGACAAUGAAAAUUGCUCCUAGAACAACAAUGGAGAAAGCUCUAGAUGAGCAGUUGAGGAACAGUAAGUGCUCAACGACUGUUGAUAAAUUUCAAGGGAGAGAAUGCUACUAUACAUCUAUUCCCCGAGUUAUAAAGUCUAGGGGAAUCCAAGGAGAGGCACUAACUUCUCUGAAUCUUGACAAGACACAAUUAUUAGAAAGCUUACUAACGAAAGAUUAUGGAGGUUCUGAAGAUGCUCUUCUUGGGGAGCUGCAAUUUGCAUUCAUUGCAUUUUUGAUGGGGCAGUCACUUGAAGCAUUUCUACAGUGGAAGUCUUUGGUUAGCCUUUUAUUUGGCUGUACUGAAGCACCUUUCUACACAAGGAGCCAGCUAUUUACAAAGUUCAUUAAAGUCAUAUACUACCAAUUGAAAUAUGGACUCCGAAGAGAUGAUAAUGGUCGAGAGACAGGAGGACCAUCGAUAUUAGAUGAUUCAUGGUUUACCACUGACAACUUUCUGCACCACCUUUGCAAGGAUUUCUUUGCGCUGGUAGAAGAUGCUUCUGCUGUUGAUGGAGAUCUUCUAUCAUGGACAAGGAAGUUUAAGGAGUUGCUUGAGGAGAGUUUAGGAUGGCAGUUCCAGCAAAAGAGUGUUGUUGAUGGUUUGUACUUUGAGGAAGAUGAUGAGUAUGCCCCUGUGGUUGAGAUGCUGGAUGGUACAAAUUAUGAAGAAGCAUCUACAGCUUGAACUAACACUCAAGUCAGUCCACUUUUGUAGUCAGAGAAAUAUAAGAUGCAAUGAGUGCGAGUGAUGUGAAGAACACUUGUUCAUCAUUUUGUAAUGAAGAUACUGCAAUGCCUAGCAGAGAUGGUAUCCAUGGAAACCUUUUGUGUAAUUUUUGGAACCCAAAAAAAGAAAUUUAUGUUAGAGAAAACGCUGUUAAAGUAGGCUCGUGAAAAAUAGUUUUAGUAGCAAAGAUAUCAAACUAUCAAAACUGUGAAAAUGUA